AACACAUUCAAAAUGGCGGACGAAAGGUAAAGAUCAUUUUUCGUUUCGUAUUUUCAAAUAAAAACGUUUUUAUUCGAGCAAAAUGGCUAAAAAAACUGUCGCUGAUAAGUCAGACAAGGGAAGUGCUUCAGCUGACAAACAUGCUGGUGAUAAAACUCCUGUAGAACCGGUGAAAAACGCACAAGAGCCAGAAGAUCUUGAGCCAUACACACCAACAGGCAAUUUUGAAGCAGAUUUCUGUGAGUUAGCAAUCCGUGCAGGGUUCCCUACCAUGCAGGUAGUGCCACGCCCUCACCGUCCACCAACACCAACCCCUACUCCACCUGAACCUGCCCCAGUUACUGGAAAAGGUGACAAGGACAAGAGCGGGGUUAAGGAAGAGUUAGUCAAACAAGAGGAAGGCACCUCAACAGGAGAACCAGAGGAACCUCCACCAGCGACAUACACUGUUAAAGACAAAUACACCUACUUUAAACCAAGGGUUGAAGUGGAGCUAGAAGAAGAGGGAAAUAAAUCCCAUGUUAAGGAGAUUUAUAUGAGAGGCUGGAAGAUAGAUGACAGAAUUCUUGAGAUACUCACAGUUACCCUCCCACCCCUGGAAAAACUCACUAAAUUAGACAUGUGGAAUAACUGUCUUACAGACAGCAGUCUAAACAUCCUAGCUAAUGCAGUACAGAACUUACCAAACUUAAGAACCUUGUGUCUGGAUAAUAACCCGCUUACAUUACAGAGAUAUGGAGUCCUACUGGGAGAAGAAAGCAAAAUACAGCAUCUCUCAUUACGUAACUGUUAUAUCAAUAACAUGGGAGCAAAGAUGAUUGGGAAUGCUCUGACAACAAACAAGUCCCUUGUCACGUUAAACUUGUGCUUCAAUAAGAUUACCUGUGAGGGUGCUGAAAAACUAGUCAAGGUAGGCAAUAUUUGGUUUGAGAUUUGGAUUAUUCACUUUUUCAUGUUUCUGUCUAGUAGUAUAGGGGAUGGGGGUUCCAGCGCA